CUCCGGCGAGGCUCCAGCCUCGGGUCCGGAUGCUUACGGUGCGGCCCCCUGCGGGAAGUGGUGGUGAGUCCGAGGGUGCCACAGCGGCCCUGCCCCUGCCCCUGGUUGGCGUCGCGCUAGGGGGAGGGAUUAACCCACCCCCUCCUCCCCGGGGCCUCACGCGGGUGGGAAGGGACAGUCCCAGCGACAGACCAGGCGCCUGGACGCGCCGUGGCCCCGCGGGCGGACGGCGGGGACGGGCUCCGGUGCUGAGCGCCUCCCGUGUCCCCAGCAGCACUGACCCACUUGCAGGCCCCGGAGCUGAGCCGCCAGCCAUGGCCGCUCCCCGCGGGAGGGCCGCGCCCUGGACGACGGCCCUGCUGCUGCUCCUAGCUUCGCAGGUCCUGUCUCCGGGAAGCUGCGUGGACGAGGAGGAGGUCCCCGAGGAGUGGGUGCUCCUGCACGUCGUCCAGGAUCAGAUAGGCGCCGGGAACUACAGCUACCUGCGGCUGAACCACGAGGGCAAGAUAGUCCUCAGGAUGCGCAGCCUCAAGGGCGAUGCGGAUCUGUACGUUUCCGCCAGCAGCCUGCACCCCAGCUUCGACGACUACGAGCUGCAGUCGGCCACCUGCGGCCCGGACGCCGUGUCUAUCCCCGCGCACUUCCGGCGCCCAGUGGGCAUCGGCGUCUACGGACACCCCUCCCACUUGGAGAGCGAGUUCGAGAUGAAGGUGUACUACGACGGCACGGUCGAGCAGCACCCGUUCGGCGAGGCCGCCUACCCCGCCGACGGCGCAGAUGCCGGCCAGAAGCACGCUCGUGCACCGGAAGACGCCUCGCAAGAGGAGGAAUCUGUUCUCUGGACGAUAUUAAUUAGCAUUUUGAAACUGGUACUUGAAAUUCUCUUUUGAGUCGUUGACCACGCUCUGGGAUAUAAAACCUUCCAUCUGUGAAGCUGAUUGCAGUUUGCUGUGAACCUUGCUACUUGUACUUGGUUGAAGUUCUAGUUACCUUUUUCUAGUCAAGGGAUGGAAAAAUAAAGCCAUACGCAGUUUUGUUACCUCAGUUACCCCAAAAAUAGCAAGCACAGUUUCUUUUAAAGAUCAAAAUUCCUAUAAAAGGACUGUGCACAAAGUGUUUAGACUCCAUUUUCAUUAGGCAGGUUGACUAAAAAUGAUUGCAGUAACAGGUUUAUAUAUAAAAAAUAGAGCAACCUUUCAUGCUGUGACACAAAUCAAAAGGUUGAUAACUUUGUAAUUUUACUCUGGAGAUUGUAAGCGAAGUUCAAGGUGUAAGUUUUUAAGAGUUACUAAAAUCAAGUUGGAAAUGAUUUAUGUACACUUCCCUGAACCUGGACUAAAGCCUCGUGCCUGUACCCCAAGUAGGGAUGGUACUUUUCUAUACAAAAGGGAUUUCCUGGCAGGCAGGUAUUUACAAACUUUGUUCCUGUACCAGUCCAAUAAUGACAACUCUAAAUCCAACUGCACCAAAUCUUAGUAGGCCAUUUGUCAUACCUAUGAAAAUUCUUUAGUUAUUAAAUAACUGUCAGUGCUACCUAUGGUAGUCCAGAAACAAUGUAGAUUAGGAAGUUUCAUGAAAAUUAACUUUUGGGGCUAUGGAGAAACAAGUGUCUUGUUACUAAACAUUUCCACUGAAUUUUUGGAGCCAAGGUUACUACAAAAUACUUUGGAAGAUGAAUUCUCUACCUGGAGUUAGUUUCGAGAGUAAGCGCAGCUUUUAACACAAAUAACUGCAGAUUUUAAGCUCAUAAUUUGCAAAAAAAAAUUUUUUAUUGGCAUGAAAAUGAAAAUGUUGUAAAUGGCACCAAAUAUUCCACUUAAAUGCAUAUACAGUAUUAGAGUCAAAAACUAUUUUAUCCCUCUUUGCUGUUUUUCCCCCUUCUGCCCACUUUCCUGGGUGUUGGGGGGGCCCGCUGACAACAGUCACAAAUCCAGCGACCUAGGAAAAAAAUUGUUAAUAUAGAAUGAAAAAUUAUCUUUACAGGACUGAAUUUUAAGCCCAUCUAAACUCUUCUUCCUUAGCUAUAACUAAUGAUAUUCCUCUGUGGAUUUUGUGGUGAGAAGGGCACUAUGAGUUCCUUAAUUUAAGGAGAAAAAUGUAAACUUAAUGUAAUCAAUGCCAUGCAAAAUUCAUUGCAAGUCAAGGGGGAUGGGAGAGAUGCAAUGCCAUACAGUGAUACGGACCUUUAAAAAAGUACAAUCUUUCCUGAAAUUCAAACACUAUCAUACUUCAAAACUUCAAUACCUACUUCAAAAGUUCAAAACCCAUUCUGGAAUUUGGCUUUUUUAAGCCUUUUUCUCUCCUGCUCACUGGCAGCUGUGUGUCUUAACAGCAUUCUUUCAAGUCCUGGUGUACUCUGCUGACAGCACUUUAAAACUUUAAGUUUCUAACAGCACAAUGAUAACUUGUACUACAUACUUGAUCUGAAUUACUACAGAAAAAUAAUUAUGUUGCUUGCUCAAUUCCCAGGAAAUCUCGUUGUAGGCAUAUAUUUUGUAAGAGUAUUAUACAGUGUUAACUAUGCAAGUAGGUUCUAAAAUUACACAAUUAUCUGUGUAAUGUUUUAGUCCAAUUACUGUGAUUUAUUCAACUCUGUUCUAAAGUUAUCUGGAAUUGUCAUGCUGCCUCAAUUUACAGAAAUCUAUAAUAGAUUUCUAUAGAAAUGUAUAAAGACAUAGCAGUCAUUUUAAGUUUCUAAAUAGAUAUAAAAAAUAAA